GCAAAUAUUAAAUUUUUCUCUUUUUUCUCACCUUUUUCAGUCCAGUUCAGCUCAAUUCAAUUUUUAUACCUAUUUCCACUCUCCACCACAACUAAAUUAACUUUAAUUCUACGAAAAUGCGUGUCAAGCGGACCAAGGCGUACAAAAAGGCGAUGCAAUUCUACCGCCAGGUAUUCAAUUUCCGCGCCCCCUACCAAGUGCUCCUCUCCCCAGACUUUAUCCUCGCCUGCGUACAGAAAAACAUCGAGCCAGUAAAGUCCCUCGAAGAGGCACUUCAAGGACCCAUCAAACCCUUCCUUACAUUCUGCGCGAUUUCCAACGUGCGCAAAGAAAGCGAGUUCCGCGACAAAGCCGUGGCCAUCUCCAAAACUUUUGAGAAACGCCGAUGCCCGCAUAAGGAUCCCAUCGAGGCCACCCAGUGUAUGGCGGAGAUCAUGGGGAAGGAGAACAAGAAUAACUUGUGCGUGGCUGUGCAAGAUGACAACUUGAGGUUGGCGUUGAGGAGGGUGCCAGGGGUGCCGAUUUUGUACUUGCAGAGGAAUGUGGUGGUUAUGGAGCGCAUUAAGGAGGUCGGUAAAGAGGUUGGGAGGGAAAUUAGUCGGGAGAAAAUGGGCGUGUCGGAGGCGGAGAAGAAGAUGUUGAGGAUUGUUAAGCGGAAGGAGAUCGAGGAGAAGGUAGCGGGAAAGAGACGCAAAGUGAAGGGACCGAAGGCUCCUAACCCACUGUCUGUUAAGAAGCAGGCAAAGUCUGUGAAGACAGCAAAGCCGGCUGUCAAAAAUAACCCGCCUAAGGAUACGCACGCUGCAGAUCAGUCAUCGUCGUUGUCGUCCAACAAGCGCCCGAGAUUGGAAGAGCCCUCUGCUGCUGCACCCGGUUCUACAGAUACCGGAGAGUCGCAGCCCAAGCAAAAGCGCAAGCGCAACAGGUCUAAAAAGAACAAGUCCGAAACCGAACUCUAAACUAAACAAUUUUACUAAUAAAAAUAGAUUCAAUUACAUAAAGUAAUUUUUUCUUAAAAAGAUUAC